UCCGUAAAAACAGAAAAAAAAAGGUUUAUCCAUCCGUCCCCAGCAACUGUCGCUACUUACCAUGGUCAAACCAAUCCUAUUUAACACCUGCGUCAUCCAACUGUAAACUGCUUAAUGAAAAUAUUCACUACAUUCCCUGCCUGAUUUGAUUGAUUUAUGAUGGAAACGAUGUUAAAUGUUUUCCAUUGCACGUUCUCUGUUGAGGAGAGUUCGUAAGGACUACGAACAGGUUCACGUUGUCGACAGAGUGAAAUAUUAGUAGUUGUGCAUUAAUUCGUGGAUAAAGGGGUAAAAAUGUGUGCGUUAUUCCUUAAAUCUCCGUGCUUUGACGUCGGGAGAAUGACAUCAUCCACGCUUAAGUAACAGGAGGCGGGGGGACAGAUUCGUGGAGGACGGCCGCUCGUGCCACUGGAGCUUCUCAGGGACUAUCAACAGGGAGUGCAACCGACGACAGAGCUACGAGCUGGGGGGAAUGAGAGCCGCUAGAAUCCGCUCCAAUCCUCCUCGACCAAGGCUCCUACCCGCCUGACAGCUACCGGGACACAAUCUUCAGAGAACCAGCUUUCAUACGAAUCCAAUAUCGGGUGACUGCUCGCAAUCAUGGAGCUGAGAGUGGGGAACAAAUAUCGGCUGGGGCGAAAGAUAGGUAGCGGUUCCUUCGGAGACAUUUACCUUGGUGCCAACAUUGCCACUGGUGAGGAGGUAGCCAUCAAACUUGAAUGUGUGAAAACCAAACACCCACAGUUGCACAUUGAGAGCAAGUUCUACAAGAUGAUGCAAGGAGGAGUGGGUAUUCCAUCAAUAAAGUGGUGUGGAGCAGAAGGAGACUACAAUGUGAUGGUGAUGGAGCUUCUUGGUCCCAGUCUUGAGGAUCUUUUCAACUUUUGCUCCCGAAAGUUCAGCCUAAAGACCGUCCUGCUUUUGGCAGACCAAAUGAUAAGUCGUAUUGAGUACAUCCACUCCAAGAAUUUCAUUCACCGUGAUGUGAAGCCAGACAACUUCUUAAUGGGGCUUGGCAAGAAGGGUAAUCUUGUGUACAUCAUUGACUUCGGCCUGGCCAAAAAAUACCGCGAUGCCCGCACACACCAGCACAUCCCCUACAGGGAGAACAAGAACCUGACAGGCACAGCACGAUAUGCUUCUAUCAACACGCAUCUUGGAAUUGCGGAAUUCUCUACAUACCUGAAUUUUUGCCGAUCACUCCGAUUUGAUGACAAGCCAGAUUACUCCUACCUGCGACAGCUCUUCAGAAAUCUCUUCCACCGGCAGGGCUUCUCCUAUGAUUAUGUCUUUGACUGGAAUAUGCUCAAGUUUGGGGCCACCCGGACGACUGAAGAUGGCGACAGGGAAAGGCGGACUGGCGAUGAGAGGGACGAUCGUGUUCCUCUCAGGGGUUCUGCAGCACGAGGUCUCCCACCAGGUCCUAACUCUGGACCUGCCAACAGAGUCAGAAAUGGACCAGAACAGGCCAUCUCUAACCCUGCCUCACGGGUUCAGCAGUCUGGGAACACAUCGCCUCGUGCCAUUUCUCGUGCAGAAAGGGAAAGGAAGGUGAGCAUGCGGCUCCACCGUGGCGCUCCAGCUAACGUGUCGUCCUCUGACGUUACAGCCCGUCACGACCAAUCCAGGAUUUCCACAUCACAGGUGAGCGUGCCAUUCGAGCACAUGGGAAAGUAAAUCUCCUUGGCUGUGCAUGAACAUGAAAGUGACAGGGCUGCAAGAUAUAUUUGUUGCUCUGGUCCCUUCCUUCAUUUUUACUCUAAUGAAAAGAUUGAUGCCAAUGGACACAUGGAUCUUUGGAAAAGUACAGCAAAUUCCAGCAGGAUCCAGGGAAGUACUUUUUAUAGUACCCAGCAUCCAGUCUUUUAUGAGAACUCUGCGAAACCUUGGAUCAUCAUCAUGCCGAUGCAAAAAGUGACAGUGCUACAUCAUGGUUGCUUGUGACUGCUCCUGAGAAACAUUUCCCAAACAAGCUUUCUGUCUGAUGAAUGAGAGGAACUUUUGAGAACAAAAAAUGAAAGGAUGAUAGGGCACUAGCAUGUUUCAUUUCAAUGGUCAAUUCCUUUUUUAUUUUUAUUUUUUAAAUCUUAGUUAGCCCUUUUGGUAAAUGAUGGAAAAGGGUAGUCUGAGACGGUAGUGUUAUGAAUGACAGAAGAGGUUUUAAAGGUUUUGUUUCAGCUCCUAUUUCUGUUUACUGUGAGUUGCUUGCUUGUCCUUUAUCUAUUCUGUAUCCAGUAACUGUCCCUUGAAUCUCAAAUCAUCCAAAAUAUCCAGUAUGCAUUUCUUUAUCACUUAUAUGUGCGCUGUUCUCUUAAAUACAAGUUAUCCAUCACCGUAGUUGUUUGAAAAACACACUCCUAAUUUCUGAGGCGGUGUCCUCAAGAAAUGACCAGAGUAUUUGACUAGACUCCAUUGCACCCCGUUUAACCAACAAAGAAUGGCUGCAAUUUUUAUGAUAAUUCUUACUAAUUUUUUUUUUCAUUUUUACCUCUAGAGGAAAUAGCGGAAUUGGCAGAGGCCAUUAGGGAUGAUUUAAGGGGGUGGGGCAUCCAUUGUUUUAUGUUUACAUCACUUUUUUUUUUUUAAUGUAAAAGCCAAAAUGUGUUUUAAGAUUUAAAGUAAAAAAAUGCAUAUUACUGGGAGGGGUUAAAAAGUUUUGGUAUUUAAAGUAUUACAUUUUGGACAUCAAUGUUGCUCUGCCAGCUGGGUCAUGAAAGUGUAUGUGUGCGUGUUUCAAGAUUUUUGGGAGUGAGAGUGUGACUGCCUGUGUAAUCCCCGAUAAGAAAUAAAGGUUCAUUUUGUGUGUUUUGAGUUGUUUUUUUGUCAGCUAUUUAUGUUAAACUACUUUGUUUUUCCAGAAAAUUAUCUUUUAAAUCUACCUUCCUGACUAACACCAGAAGUAGCUUGUGCUAUGAUUGUCUUGGUCUCCCUUUUUCUUCUCUUUUCCCUUCAAAUGCUGUCUAAUAUCCUUUAUAAAACACAGGGCUUUCUAUAUUCCCCCUGCAGAAAUUAGGUCAAUGCUUGAUGUCACCUUUUUUAGUUUUUAACCCCCUGCUAUCUAGAUGAUGCCAUUGACAUUACUAACUGACUCAAUUGCAGGGACAUGUAAAUAUCUUGGUACUGUGUGUAAUUACCUUUGUACAGGCCACCAUGACCCAGUGGCAUUGUAACUGUUGUAUAUGUGUGCGUGUGUUAGGGGGGUGGGUAUAAAAUAGGAUAAGGUGACAGAAUUUCACUUUAUGUAUUGUGUACUGAUAUCUUGUACAGUUCUUUAACACUUUUAUUUACAACAGUAUUUGUGUAUAUUUUAUGAAGUAAUAAAACUGAAUCUCUCAA